UUUAAAAUAAAUCAUCAAAUCGAAGAGACGAAAAAACAGUAGGAAAAAAUAAAUAGAAAGAAAAAAAAAAAAAAAAACUCUCUUUGGGCUUUGGCUUUUCUGUUGCUCAAUCCGGGGGAUCUGGUCCAUUAACACUACGGGGCUCAUCGGAUGCGUUCUUGAGCUCUGAGACCGGCUUUAGGACUCAUUUUACUAACUUCUCUAGCUAACAGGAGAGGUGAAGAAAUGGACCAUGAGAAGACAGGAUGCCAAGCUCCUCCUGAACGUCCUAUUUUGUGCAUUAACAAUUGCGGUUUCUUUGGAAGUGCAGCUACAAUGAACAUGUGUUCCAAGUGCCACAAGGAUAUGAUAUUGAAACAGCAGCAGGCUAAACUUGCUGUGUCAUCAAUUGAUAAUAUUGUGAAUGGAUCAUCAAACAACAAUGGGAAUGAAACCGCUGUUGCUACAGGUAUAGAUGUGCAACAUUCUGUGGAGUCAAAGACCAUCUUGGUUCAGCCAUCCUGUGCAUCUGGCUUAGGGGAGAGCACAGAGGCAAAGCCAAAAGAGGGUCCAAACCUGUGCAGCACUUGCAAAAAGAGGGUUGGUUUAACAGGGUUUAAAUGUCGUUGUGGUAACCUUUUCUGUACAUCACACCGGUACUCAGACAAACAUGACUGCCCCUUCGACUAUCGCACUGCUGCACGAGAUGCUAUAGCUAAAGCCAAUCCAGUUGUCAAGGCAGGGAAGCUUGAUAAAAUCUAAAUUCGGUGGGGCAGAAGUUUCAUGCGCUGAAGUAUGUUUGCUCAUUUUCCUCUGAGGCACUCCUGAGUCGGCCACAUGUCUUAUCAGGUGUCCUUAUUUGUUUAUAUAUUUAUGCUGGGAGACAGGGCUAUCUAGGACAUCUAUGCACCAUGAAGAACUCUAUAUCUUGUGAUUGGCGAGAAUUUAUAUGUUGGCAUCAGUGUUUGUCUUAAUGUGUGGUGGUUUGAUGGACUGUCAUUUGUAUGUGUCAUUCUGUUUCAUAUGGCAUUUCGCUCUAGUUCUGCAUUUUAAAAUGGUAUGUGAAAUUUCAAGAUUAUAUGAGGACGAUUGUGUAUGUUCGCAUGGAUAGCUGUGUAAAUUUUCCAUAAUGCUUUUUCCUUGCA